UGUGAUGUUCCCCGAGGACGAAGCUAGGUUUGGGAUUGACGACCAGUAUUAUGGUGGGUCGUCGGGGUUACUUGUUAAACCUGUGACAGAGAAGGGGGUGAAGGAGGUUUAUGUGUAUAUCGCCGAGGAUCAGGCCUACUACAACUUCGCAAAAUUUUGACAAGUGAAUUGAGAGGACGGCCUCCAACUUAGACAUUCAAGUUGUAGAAAGCCUGUAGUACAUCUCGCGCUCUGCCUACAAUGUACUGCAGGUAUGGCCUUGAAUUCAGUAGCUGGGAGUUUGGCAUGCAUUUGCCUACCUGGCAUAGCAUCGUAUUGUUAUCGUAAGCCCUGCAAUUAGGGUGCCAUGGCGGUCUACGUAAGGAGUAUUUCUAAAGCAAAACAGUCUGAGUCAGCCUGAGUUCGAGGAUACUCGUAAAUCACAACAAUGUAAACAGAUGGCGCUCGAGCAAGUAAGACUAAGGAAGAACACUUACUCUUGCAUUGGCCAAUCCUUCAA